GACCGUGUGUACGUACAGCAGAACAACGUGGAGAACGUCUACAACUUGGGCUUGAUCAUUUUUCGCGAUCAAGUUGUACGCUACGGCUGCAUUAGGGACCACCUGCGGCAAACUCUGCUGGAUAUGAUUGCAAGAGAGAGGAAAGGAGAAGUUGUGGACAGAGGCGCAAUAAGAAAUGCUUGCCAGAUGUUAAUGAUUCUAGGUCUUGAAGGAAGGUCAGUCUACGAAGAAGACUUUGAGGCUCCGUUUUUGGAGAUGUCUGCAGAAUUUUUUCAGAUGGAAAGUCAGAAAUUUUUAGCUGAAAACAGUGCUUCCGUAUAUAUAAAGAAAGUAGAAGCUAGAAUUAAUGAAGAAAUAGAACGGGUGAUGCAUUGUCUGGAUAAAUCAACGGAAGAACCGAUUGUGAAAGUUGUUGAAAGAGAGCUUAUUUCCAAGCACAUGAAAACUAUAGUGGAAAUGGAGAACUCUGGGCUAGUUCAUAUGCUGAAAAAUGGAAAGACAGAAGACCUUGCUUGCAUGUACAAGUUGUUCAGUCGUGUGCCAAACGGUCUGAAGACGAUGUGCGAGUGCAUGAGCUCCUACCUGAGAGAGCAAGGCAAAGCACUCGUUUCUGAAGAGGGAGAAGGAAAGAAUCCAGUUGACUACAUUCAGGGUUUGCUGGAUUUGAAGAGUCGGUUUGACCGCUUUCUUCAAGAAUCUUUCAAUAACGAUCGACUCUUCAAACAGACUAUUGCGGGUGACUUUGAGUACUUCCUCAACCUCAACUCUCGGUCUCCAGAGUACCUCUCAUUAUUUAUUGAUGAUAAGCUGAAAAAGGGAGUCAAGGGACUAACAGAGCAAGAAGUAGAAACUAUAUUGGAUAAGGCAAUGGUUUUAUUUAGGUUUAUGCAAGAGAAAGAUGUUUUUGAACGCUAUUACAAGCAGCACUUGGCAAGGCGACUCCUCACAAACAAGAGUGUUUCAGAUGACUCCGAGAAAAAUAUGAUCUCUAAAUUAAAGACUGAAUGUGGAUGUCAGUUCACUUCUAAACUGGAAGGAAUGUUCAGGGACAUGAGCAUCUCAAACACGACGAUGGAUGAGUUCAGGCAACAUCUUCAGGCAACUGGAGUAAGUGUUGGAGUCUGUGUGCUGUCCUUGUACUUCAAUACAAACCCAAGAGCUUUAUCAAGACGUGUGGUUUUUGUUA